UAAACAUAUAAUCAAGGACAUUGAACAAACUGGGGCAGCCUAGUUGGAUGGAACCCUUGGUGAUUGUGUCAAAAAAAAACAAACAAGGACAUUGAUCACACGUACUUUUACCUAUUUGUGCUGUCAACUUUUUAAAUGCUUCCAGGUUGCAUUCCUUUCCACUCUAUCCCUCACAAAUGGACAUCAUAAAACGCAAUCCAGCUAGAGAAGAUUGGUGGGCAGGAUCUGCUCCUUCAGGGCCUUUUAUUUAUACACCAUUCAGCAAAGGAGAGCCAAAUCAUAGCAGUAAGCAUGAGCUGAUUUGGGUUGUUGGAGAACCAGUCCAGGUGUUAGUGGAAUUGGCAAAUCCUUGUAGGUUUGACUUAAUGGUUGAUAGCAUCUAUCUGUCAGUGCAUUCCGGAAACUUCGAUUCUUUUCCAAUUAGUGUAAAUCUCCCAACUAAUUCUUCGAAAGUGAUCACGUUGUCAGGAAUACCAACUAAAAUGGGGCCAGUGACAAUUCCUGGAUGCAUAGUUCAUUGUUUUGGUGUAAUUACUGAACACCUUUUUAAGGAUGUUGAUAACUUGCUCCUUGGAGCAGCACAAGGUCUUGUUCUUUCUGACCCUUUCCGCUGUUGUGGGUCUGCAAAGUUGAAAAAUGUAUCAGUUCCAAAUAUUUCUGUGGUACCCUCACUGCCAUUGCUAGUGUCACUGCUAAAAAAAUGA